AUACAAUCUUGAUAGAUCUCUUUCCAUCCACUGCUGUAACAACUCUUCAUUUGUUCUACUCAGUCAAUUUCUAGGCUGGAUUUUCAGAGAUGGCUUGUACAAAUUCGAAGCCAAAGAUAUGCCAAAAAUGCAAGUCACACUAUUCUCCAGUGCAUCGAAGCUACUCGAUGAGUAAACAUAUUCCUAUUGAUAAAGAAGAGUGUAGCUUCCAUCUAGUCUCUCUCACUUCCUCAACAUUAGGAUCUCUGAGACUUGAUCAACUAAACCAAAGUGUCAAAGAUGAUCAAUUAUUGUUCAAAAAUGGUGACAGUGAUGAAGGGAAGUUUAGUAAAAAAAUAUUUGAAAUGGGGUUGAUUGAGGCAAAGACAUGGUCUCAAAUGAUCAAUGAGAAAAUCCCCAAAGUGAUUCCUAAAACACCAAUUACAAUUCCUCCUGGUAAGCCAGAGAGUGUCAAUGUUUGGGAAUUAACAGAAGAUCUCAAAGAUGCUAAACCUCCCAAUCAUCUCCCUAGAUUUUCUUUCCAUCUCUUCGCCAAUCCUUAUGAUCAACUUACUCCCCGACUAACAGAGCAUAAAUUGGUCCAACAUGGUAAAGACAAGCUGGUCUUUUACUUCACAAGCCUGAGAGGGGUGAGAAAAACGUACGAGGAUUGUUGUCAUAUUCGGAUGAUUUUGAAGAGACUAGGUGUUAACGUUAAGAUCGACGAAAGAGAUGUAUCAAUGCAUGCAAUGUUCAAGGAGGAAUUGAAAGAGUUAAUAGGGUAAGAAUACAGUGGUGGGGUUUUGAUGCGAAGGGUAUUUCUAGGGAGAAAAUACAUUGGUGGGGUUGAUGAAAUAAGCUGAAUGCAUGAAGAUGGACAGCUUGAAAAGGUAGUAGAAAGCUGUGAAAGGGUAAAAGAUGGAGUUUGUGAGAGCUGUGGAGAUAUUAGAUUGGUACCAUGUGAGACAUGCUAUGGGAGUUGUAAAAUAUAUUAUGAAGCAGACUAUGAUGAAGAAGAUGAGUGUGGCUUCCAACGAUGCCCAGAUUGCAAUGAGAAUGGCCUUACACGAUGCCCGAUUUGUUGUGAUUAACUUUCAUCAGAUCUAUGGUGCUCUCUAAUUGAGAAAAUUGAUGUGGUUUCUCACAUGACCAGUUUCGUAUUACCAGGACAAAGAUGGGCAAGGUUCAAGCCUAAACUAAUAGGUAGAGGCAGAUCUAAGACGGGUUGUAGGGGUUCAACCGAACGCAUUGCUUUAGCUCGUAUUUUGUGUACAUAUGCUAAAGAAUUUAAAAUAUGUACAUAUAAUAGGAUCAUACUCAUUCUAAACUCACUGACUCUAGAUCCUGAACUUUUCUAUUCAAGCACCUAAACUGAUGCAAAUAUCAACUAGCCACCAGAUUAUCCAAUUUUUUACCACUUCAGCACAUUAGUAGCAGUAGUAACACUUAUCUAACUGAAAAACAUGGUUGAUAAGGUUCAAACAAACGACUAUUCCAAGCAUUUGGCAGAAAAUGGAGGAUUCUGUUUGUGAUGGAUGACGAUGCUGUACUAGGCGGAGGCAAUUUGAUAGUAGUUGAAUCAUCUGAAUUAUUAAUACUAGUAUCUCAAGGUAGUUCUUACAUUUGAAACCACAUGAAAGUAACAAUCUCUUUCCCAGUUUUUCCCGGGCUAGGACUUGCAAGUAGGCACAUUCAAAGCAGUACUGUGCUUGCAAUUACAGAUGAUGCAAGAUACCUUUGUCAAUAACACGUCUCAUUAACUAAUGAUUAAAUACCAGCCCGCUGAAAAACAUGACAUGUAUGAUCAACAUGCAAUCCAGUCAAGCCUAUUACUUACAUUGUACUCCCAUAAGGAAAUCAAAUUGAUUAAACCAUGUUGCACCCUCCCAUUCAACACCACAGAUUG